AUGCUUCGUUCGUGUAUCUCAAAGAGAUUAUUCUCUACUACAAGAGCCCGUUUGGACACCUUGGCUUUCGUAGAAGCUGCUGGUGGGAAAAUUUCGCCUGCUUCCUUGUCUGCAAUCACCGCUGCUCAGCAAAUAGGGAAACCAAUAACUGCGUUGAUUGUUGGUGAACAAGGUGAAGCUGUGUCUAGUGAAGUCGGCAAAAUCGCCGGUGUGUCAAAAGCUUUGUUUGCUAAAGGAGAACAAUAUAAUCACUAUCUUGCUGAGGAAUUGUCCCCGUUAAUCAAGGAUAUCUUGAGCUCGUCUUCUGAUUAUACACACUUUGUCACCGCAGCUUCUGCUGUAGGUAAAUCGGUAUUACCAAGAUUGGGUGCUCUUGUAGAUGCUCAACCAAUUUCGGACAUUAUCAAGGUCGAGUCGGAAAACACCUUUGUCAGGCCGAUCUAUGCUGGUAAUGCUUUAGCUACUGUCAAGUCCAACGACAAGUUGAUCUUGGUGUCUGUGAGAGCUUCGGCUUUUGCUCCAGCAGAAUUAUCUGGUGAUGGUUCUGUUUCUGUAGAAGAAUUUGCUACUGUGUUUAAAUCAGAUAACAGGACAGAGUUUGUCUCGGAAGACUUAGUAACUUCUGAAAGACCGGAAUUAGGCUCUGCUUCCAAGGUCGUUGCUGGAGGUCGUGGUUUGAAGAACAAGGAAACUUUCGAACAAUUAAUAGAACCUUUGGCUUCGAAGUUAAGUGCGGCUGUAGGUGCUUCAAGGGCAGCUGUAGACUCAGGAUUCUGUGACAAUUCGUUGCAAGUUGGCCAAACCGGUAAGAUAGUGGCCCCAGAAUUGUACAUAGCCGUCGGAAUCUCUGGUGCCAUCCAGCACUUGGCUGGUAUGAAAGACUCGAAGACCAUUGUAGCUAUAAACAAGGAUCCAGAGGCUCCUAUAUUCAACGUUGCCGACAUAGGUUUGGUGGCAGACUUGAACGAGGCUCUUCCAGAAUUGACGCAAAAGUUGUAG